CGCAGUUAGACGCUGGACAAUGAUGACUUCGGGAACCUGGAGUUUAUAUCAUGACAAAGGAGUAAAAGGCCACCAUUCCUGUAAACAUCAACAGCAUGGCUGAUGAUUUGAUCUCCUAUGUUCGAUUCCAUUUAAACUUGGCAGAGUUAUUGAGGGAGGCCUUGGAUAGCAUCGAAGAACUUCAAAAAGAACACCGAAGUCAGCUGCAAGAAGUGACGAUAAACAACGAACAGAUAUCAGCUGAGACUUUGUUAUCAAGCGUUAUUAAUCCAGUCAUCAUAAGGUUAAAUGAAGGCAAACAUUCCAAAGAAGUUGUGGACAGCCCCCGAAGUAGUUCAAACAGUACUCAACGUUAAACAGCCCAUCUCCUUCUCAAUUCAAAUAUUUUACCUUUCUUUUAACACAG